AGCGCUCUGCGUCUGCGCAUGCGCCAUUCUCGGCUUUUCUCUUUAGCGGCAUUGAUUCCCACAGCUGCACGUUUAAGAAGAAAAAUAAUCAUUAUUACUGUCGUUUCUGAUCAUUAUACGAGAACAAACGACUUUGUAUACAGGAUAUGCCGAAAAACAAAGGUAAAGGAGGAAAGAAUCGGCGACGUGGUAAGAAUGAGAAUGAAUCAGAGAAAAGGGAGCUGGUGUUCAAAGAGGAUGGACAAGAAUAUGCUCAGGUCAUCAAGAUGUUGGGAAAUGGGAGGUUGGAAGCCUUGUGCUUUGAUGGAGUCAAGCGGCUUUGUCACAUUCGAGGAAAGCUCCGGAAAAAGGUUUGGAUCAACACGUCAGACAUUAUACUCAUUGGAUUAAGGGAUUACCAGGAUAAUAAAGCUGACGUCAUUUUGAAGUAUAAUGCUGAUGAAGCUCGGAGUCUGAAAGCCUAUGGAGAGCUUCCAGAACACGCCAAAAUCAACGAGACUGAUACCUUUGGACCUGGUGAUGAUGAUGAGAUUCAGUUUGAUGACAUUGGUGAUGAUGAUGAGGACAUAGAUGAUAUCUAAGAAGAUGAAGCUGGGAAAUAAACAUUUCUCAUCCUGCAGAGACAGUAUGUUCGCAAGCCCCUCCAACAAUAUGAACAGUCUCAAGUUUUAGGUUUCUGUGACUAACCACAUGACUGCAUUGUCACCUGCAAUCCAUUUUGUUAUCUUUUAAUGUAUUUAUAUUGAUUUCACAUCAAGUGGAAUUUAGUUACAAAUACAGAAUCUCUGGGAUUCGCAAUAAAAAGAUAACCAGUUUUAUGUUUGGUCUAGCAUUCUGUAUCCUAAAAGAAAUGUUAAAAAAGUCUGUAGAGUUGAACUCUAUGGGAAAAUUUGAUACCUCUAAAAUGCAUCUCUUUUUUGAAUGUUUUAUUAUUUACUGAUUACACAACAGUGCAUUGGGCAAUGCAUUUAUAAUUCUGAAAGCCUGUCUCUGGUUGGCUUCUUUUCCACUUUUUUAGUGAUCUUUUUUUUAAAUAUCCAUCCUACUCUUGUAUUUUUGUCUACUUCAAAUGAUAAACGAAUACUCAUUUCUACAGGGCUGCUGAAUUUAUGAAAAAUAAGUAUGUUAUUUGACAAUUACAUGGUUACAACUUCAUAUAGUAGCUUGACACAAAACUAGAAAAGCUCAGCAUAUGUUGGCAGAAAUUGUAUUUUUUACUUUCUAAAAUUAUAGCUCACAAAGCAAAUAACAAGGAAGAGGUAGUAUUUUUGUAUGUAAAUAGGCACUUUCAUGCAAGAAUUAUGAGAGCUAAUGGGUAGUAUUCUUGCUGAUUAAGUCCUUUUGAAUGAGAAUAGCAGCUGUUGGUUAUAAUUUUUUAAUCUUUGGUAUAUUGUUUUGAUGGAGCUAUUGAUUGCCUUUUUUUGUCUUAUGCUUUUGAUCAGAAAACCUGUGAUUUUGAAAUAAAGUUGAACAACAUUCAAAAUCCCAAA